CUGAAGCUCCACUGGCAGAAAAUGGCUACGAUGUAGAACGAUUUAGUCACUUUGGAAAAAUGAACGAGUCAAAACCAACGAAAGAAGGAGAGCUCAGAAAAUAUAAGAAUGUAUGGUCUGGCUGGGGAACAAGAUACUUUAAAUUAGAAAGAAUGUAUCUACAUUAUUUUGAGUCUAAAUAUGCUCCAACCCCUGUCAAUACAGUUACAAGAGGAGAUAUUGAUAAAGUAAAGUUAUCAGAUUCAUUUCCAGACAAAAAAAAUGUUUUUGAGGUUCACACAAAGUCAGGGAUAGUUUGGUACCUUCAGUGUGCCACACCGGAGGAGAUGUGGUCUUGGAUGACAGCUUUAAUGCCACAGCAUACUGAGUGCACAAAAGAGGACAAAGAGAAUCAAGGCCAGCAGACUGCAGAGCCAGUGGAGCCGACAGCCCCUCCAGUGUCACGGCCUCCCCAUCAAGGCCCUUACACCGGACCACUGCCUCAUAUUUACCCCGAUUUGUAUGGCCCAGGUUCGCCUUAUCACGAUCUAAGUGUUCAUGGUGGAACAGAACACAGCCCGCCACCCUCUUAUGAGGAGACUUUACGUUCUUCGCCUAGCUUUCUGGAAAAGUCAAGUUAAAACGGGGUUUUCUAAUGCGGAUUAGAAUGAUUAACGCCUCCAGAUGUCCAUAUUUUCACAAACACCCGAGUACAUUUGUCAUUAAUUGCUCAUUGUCUUAGUCAAGAAGAAGCCGCUUUUCCGGGUAACUUGACUCGCAGUUUUGGUACGCCGUACGUUGAAUUUUUUCUACAGCGUCGUAAAGUGCGUCGCAAACUUGCGGUAAUUAUUGAUGAUCGAAGACGGACCUGAUUUUACUCUAUCCAAUAGUUGCUGCUCUCCGUAAACUAUACACUAGGCCUGUUCAAUUUAGACGGUAUUAUACUGGCAAAUUGCUUUGACAUUAUCAGACAACAACAGUGGAGGAAAAAAACAUCUGACUCGAUUGUGGAUGGAUCACAGUUAAGUGAUCUGAAGCUUUCUUUAUGAAGUUUAGAUUGCUAAAAGGUCGUGUUCACAUCAACUUGAUUUUACGGA